AUGAAUCCAACAAACCAUUCCCAGGUGACAGGAUUUGUUCUCCUGGGGCUCUCUCAGGUAUGGGAGCUCCGGUUUUCCUUCUUCCUUGUCUUCUCUGUUGUGUAUCUUACGACUGUAACUGGAAAUCUCCUUAUUGUGGCCAUAGUGACGUCCGACCCACAUCUGCACACAACCAUGUAUUUUCUCUUGGGCAACCUUUCAUUCCUGGACUUCUGCUACUCUUCCAUCACGGCACCUAGGAUGCUGGUUGACUUGCUCUCGGGCAACCCUACCAUUUCCUUUGGUGGCUGCCUGACUCAGCUCUUCUUCUUCCACUUCAUUGGUGGCAUCAAGAUCUUCCUGCUCACUGUCAUGGCAUACGACCGCUAUGUCGCUAUUUCCCACCCCCUGCGCUACAUGCUGAUUAUGAAUCGGACAGUCUGUGGACUCCUCAUGGCGGCCUCCUGGGUGGGGGGCUUCAUCCAUUCCAUAGUGCAGGUUGGACUGACUAUCCGUCUGCCAUUCUGUGGGCCCAACAGGCUGGACAACUUUUAUUGUGAUGUGCCUCAGCUGAUCAAAUUGGCCUGCACAGAUACGUUUGUUUUAGAGCUUCUGAUGGUAUCUAACAAUGGCCUGGUGACCCUGAUGUGCUUUUUGGUGCUGCUGGGAUCCUACACAGCACUGCUAAUUAUGCUCCAGAGCCACUCGCGGGAGGACCGCAGCAAGGCCCUGUCCACUUGUGCCUCUCACAUUGCUGUGGUGACCUUGAUCUUUGUGCCUUGCAUCUAUAUCUAUGCCAGGCCUUUUCGGACAUUCCCCAUGGACAAGGCCGUCUCUGUGCUAUACACAAUGGUCACCCCCAUGCUGAAUCCUGCCAUCUAUACCUUGAGAAACAAGGAAGUAAUCGUGGCCAUGAAGAAGCUUUGGAAGCAAAAGGACCUUAUCAGUAGCCUGGAGUACUGA